AACUACCAGGAUAUGGUCUUAGUUCCAAAUCAAGGAUGUAGAAUAAACUCCCCCAAAACAGCUCUGAGCAACCAUUGGUAUAGUAAGAGCAUUUUUGCCGUAAAUGAUGCUUAUCUAGGAGAAAUUCAUAGAUUUUACCAUUCACCAAAGUUCAGUUGGUAGGUUUAAAACGUUAUUUUAAAAUCCUGUGGAAGUCAGAACUUCAAGGAAACAAGGAAUCAUUCUGUGUAACAACAGUUUGGUUGUCCCCAAGGAUAUGCAGUGCAUGAACUGCUCUCAGUGUCCAGUGUGAGUCCAACCCAGCCUGGUCAUGGCAGUCACGACUCAGUGUCCCAGCUCCUGCAUCCAUGCAGUGCUUGUGCUGAGGGGAUUUGGAUCCCCAUUGCCUAAUUGAGAUCAGAGCCUGGAUUUGCCUAUAGAGAGGGCCUUAAAUGCAGUGGCUGUAAAAGCAUGGGUCUUGUUCAACCAUCAAUCUUUAUCCCUUUUGAAAGACAUCUUAUGGAUAUAAAUUAUGAGGUCUGUCAGGGGAAGAUUCAUAGAUAAAUGGGUUCAGUCACUGGAUUAUUACUUCCUACAGCACUGGCUGCUGAGUAACAGUAAAUUGUGGGAACUAAGGAAGUUUGUAAAAGCCAUAUCAGCCCAGCUGUUCUUCUCCUGAAGAGACAGCAGCAUAUGCAAAACCCAAGGUUAUUGUGUCACAUGGCAGGUUCAGCAAUGUCGUUUUGACAAUUACAAUAUACUUGCAGAUUGACAAUGUGACAAAAUACAGCACUAGUAUAAAACUGACAGGCUUUGGAACUUCGGAUUUUUUCAGGUGAUAUGUAGCUGCAUGAAAACACAUUAAGAAAACCUAACCCAACACCUCCAAAUUAAAUAAAUAACUCUUUCACCUUGAUAUCAUCUAAUGUCUGUGAAGUGAGAGACCCCAGCUUUGACGCCUCCGUCAUUUGUGUAAUCUCUUGCCUUGAAUUCCCAAGUAGUGCAGAGCGUACAAAACCAAUUCUGUAUUUUCUUGUCUGAAAUACUUGGUAAAUCAGCUUUGAGACAUACAAUCUGAACAAUAAGCUAGAUCUCAGUAAUUUUUACAUAGUUGUGACCUCUGCUAGUGAUCAUUAUGACCAUUAUGUUUGAUUCUCAGCCCCACUCCAAACACAGCUGUAUUGUCUCCUAAUUGUGAGCCAGGUGCUUGUGUGUGGAUCUGCUGUUAGAUGGGUAAUAGUGGAGAACGAUGAAAGAAACAAGACCCUUAAUGCACGACUUUUUCCUUACUCACACAAAGAGCUUGGUAUAGUUUCCUUGGAUACUACCUAGCAUGUAGCUGACAGUGGUUUUAUUUUCAGGCUUUUUUUCUUUUUUUUCACAGAAGUGGGUGAUAUAUCCCAUUAUUUGUUGAGAAAAAUCUUGUGUGUUUCCUGAAUUUGUAGUAUCUAUUAUCAAAAAAGAUUGAGGUGCAGAUUAAGUCUCACAAGGAUGAAAUGCCAUCAUAUCAGUAAUUAUUACAGCAUGUCACAAAAGGGUCAUAGAUUUGCUUUGCCCUGAAUAUGCCUGGACAGAGGUAACCUGGAUCAUAAUGUCAAGGACAAAAGGGAAUUCUUUAGGGAAUCAGUUUCAUCAUUAUAUGUUUAUCUAAGUAUUUUGCUGAAAAAAUAUUUAUUUCUUUUUUUUUCUUCAGAAGCUUGGGCAAAUCAUCACCUACUAGAUACACAGUCAACAAUACAGGCUGCAUGAAGGCAACAUUCUGAUCAAAGAUAUCAGAUACUUGGAAAGGAAAUCAGAAAAGAUAUUUUCAAUCAGAUUUAUUCUUUUUCUUUAAAACUGGAAAUGUACCGAGCAUCUCUAUAAAAAGUGCAUGAGCACAUGUAUACGAACACUCAGAUAAAAGAUGGAGAUGGACCUUCUCUCCAUUUCAAGUUCCUUUCAAAAACUGCUCUAGAAUUAGAUACUGAGGAACUCAGUUGCUUGGAGACCUGCAUCUUUCUACCUGUGCUCAAAGCAGAAAAUCUAGACUCUUGAGAUGAUGGCUGGCAACUCGAGAGAAAGAAAAACAUAAACAACUUGGAGGAAAAAAUGAACAUAAUAAAACUACUCUUAAAAAUAUUCCAAGGGGGUCACCGGGGUCUAGGGAAGUCAAAGCCAGCGCUGUAGCAAGCAAGAUCUAAACCUCGAUGCUGUCAUUGAUCCUCCCCAAAUGCCCUUUCCCGGGAGUGCCUCGUGCCAAGGGUAUUAUGAACUGCCUGUGCCAGGGGAGGUCACCCGGGAAGGCCUGUGUGCUUGAGAGGAGCACCUCGUUUGCCAUCUCAUUCAUACCUCUCAAGAUUUUUAAGAUGAAUUAUUUAUCAAAGAAGCUUCUGUCAGAAGUUCGGACAGCACAUGUCUUCUUUAAUUAUUCCUGAUUUUCUUCCUCCGGGGAAGCACAUGAGACCUUUCUAUUAGGACCUGACAUGUGUAAAACUCAAAUAAACACACACCUGAAGAAGCCCUGGCAUCCAAAGGCUCUCACAAACAUCCUAAAACACCUUUGUGAGACAAACACCACGGAAUAUGCUCUUCUAACAGGUUACGAUGACAGAGAAAAUGAUCUCUUUCUCUGCGACACCAAUACCUGUAAAUUUGAUGGGGAGUGUUUAAGGAUUGGAGACAGUGUGACUUGUGUCUGUCAGUUCAAGUGUAACAAUGACUACGUGCCCGUGUGUGGCUCCAAUGGUGACACCUACCAGAACGAGUGUUACUUGAAACAGGCUGCCUGCAAGCAGCAGAGUGAAAUCCUGCUGGUGUCCGAGGGAUCGUGUGCCACUGAUGCUGGCUCAGGGUCUGGGGACGGAGUCAAUGAAGGCUCAGGUGAAACCAAUCAAAAAGAGACAUCGACCUGUGACAUUUGCCAGUUUGGGGCAGAGUGCGACGAAGAUGCAGAGGAUGUUUGGUGUGUGUGCAACAUUGACUGUUCUCAAACCAACUUCAAUCCUCUUUGUGCUUCCGAUGGGAAAUCUUAUGAUAAUGCGUGUCAAAUCAAAGAGGCAUCAUGCCAGAAACAGGAGAAAAUUGAAGUCAUGUCUUUGGGUCGAUGUCAAGACAAUGCUACAACAACUUCAAAAUCAGAAGAUGGGCAUUAUGCAAGGACAGAUUAUGCAGAGAAUGCAAAUAAACUGGAAGAAAGUGCAAGAGGGAUCUACAUCCCUUGUCCAGAGCAUUACAACGGCUUCUGCAUGCAUGGCAAGUGUGAGCACUCCACAAAUAUGCUGGAACCGUCUUGCAGAUGCGAUGCCGGCUAUACUGGACAACACUGUGAAAAAAAGGACUACAGCGUUUUAUAUGUGGUUCCAGGUCCAGUACGAUUUCAGUAUGUCUUAAUAGCAGCUGUGAUUGGAACCAUCCAGAUUGCUAUCAUCUGUGUUGUAGUCCUCUGUAUUACAAGGAAAUGUCCCAGGAGCAACAGAAUCCACAGACAGAAGCAAAACACAGGGCACUACAGUUCAGACAACACAACAAGAGCAUCGACAAGUUCUAGUGGCAAUUUUGAGUCUACUGAACUCAGUAGUAGGGUUUUGAGUUGGUCCAAGAUCAGCGACAAUUAUGGAUGUGGGAAAGGUGAAGAAUAAUUUAACCUACAUUGAGGAGGGAUAAAAUAUUUCAGAUCCGGAGUCAACUACAUUUCAUCAGCCUUCUUCUCCCAUACCAUCUAUCUUUACUCUCCCAUAGCUUAGGAAGUCUUUGCCUUCUAAAUUAAAUCCUAACCGAAGGGGAAAUGGAAAUUCUCGGUAACCGCAAUGAGAGUGUCAGGGGUAACGUUUCCAUUUGGAAUGGAAUUAGGUGUCUGUCAAGGUGAACCCUACAAGAACACUUUGCAGAAUCUCCAACUCUGGUCACUGGAGUGAGUGAAAAUUGCUUCUCACUCUUGAUUGAAAAUUAUUAGGUUAAAAAAAGUUAAUAACAUAAUAACAGCUGAAAUGCCAGUCCCAUUUGCACCUCGUGAACAUGCUGAUAUAAUUUAUUUUUUCAAAGAGAAGGUGAAAACCACUCAGAAAGUACCUUAUGAAUAACUUUAUGGGUGACCCUACUCCAUUAAAUGUAAUGAACCCAAAUGUUGGCUACACCUCAGGAAAAUAAGGGCAUGUGUUUUGUCACAUCCACAUGAUGGACAAGAUGCAAAAUUAUUUCUGUGAUAGCUGAAACUCUGCAAAACACAUCCCUUCAAGAAGGUAAUUCUGCUCUAGUUUGUGCUGUGAAUUUUGAAGACAGCAGAGUGGGACUGAAGGGCAGAGUGGGGUAACAUCACUGCUGCAGGAUAAAAUCCACUCCACUAAUGGAGUGCCUGAGCUCUAGUCCCACUGAGCAGCAGAACUGAGCUAAAGAGCCCUCGGAACAGCAGUCACUGUGCUGCUCCUCUCCAAAGAGACUUUGCCCAGGCAGAACGUACCCAAGACAAGAGUUAGGAGUAUUUCUCACUGUCAUCACCAUGUCAGAAUCAGACCUGGGGUUCCCUGGGAUGACGUCUCAUGAGUGUGUUUCCAUUUCCUGCUUCAGCACCCAUCUGGUCACUCACAGCAGUCACCACCAACCCCACCAGUGACAGCCCACCCAGCCUGGCCUUCAGACAUGGGUGCAGCAAUACUUCUACUCUCACAUGAUUUUUGGUCUUCCCCCUCCCUACCCCAGCCUGCUUUAAAGUGAAUCCAUUGCAUGAUGUUCACACGAUCUCAGUUUUUUGUCUUGUUCUGGGUUUCUUGGCUUUUUAAAGGUAAUAAAAGGUGAUUGGCAA